GAGUCAUUGUAUGAAUGAGUAUCAAGUAUGCCUUUGCUUCGAAAACAAGUAUAAAUAUGAUAGGUUUCCUCUAUUGUUUGUUCGUUCGCCAUACUAUCAAACCAGCUCUGUAAACUACACCUGUUCUCUUCUCAUCAUCUUCCUCUCACAUCCCACGCAAUCGCCAUAAUGCAAUCGCUCGUUGGAAAAGUCGCCCUUGUAACCGGUGGAAGCAAAGGAAUCGGUCGAGCCAUUUGUCUUCGCCUCGCACGCGAUGGUGCAACAGUAGUCAUAAACUAUAGCAAUGACUCUUCUGCAGCGAACGAAGUCGCAUCGAUUAUCGGAGAGAAGAACGCUACGGUUAUCAAAGCUGAUGCCGGCAAUGUUAACGAAAUCUCAAGAUUAGUCGAUACAACUGUUGAGAAACAUGGAAAGAUUGAUAUCUUGGUUGCCUGCACUGCAACUAUGAAGUUGAAUGAAUUGGAAAAUGUCAGUGGCGAAGAAUUUGAUCAGGCGUUCGAUUUAAACGUCAAGGGACCUUUGUUUCUCACCCAGAAAUCCGUUCCUCAUAUGGCACCUGGUUCCCGCAUCAUACUCUUCUCCACAACCCAAUGUCACGCCAGCACAGUAGCACCACAAUACCUAACAUAUAUAAUGUCGAAAGGUGCCAUUGAACAAAUGACCCGAGGUCUUUCGAAAGAUCUAGCGCGAAAGGGUAUUAUGGUCAAUACUGUAGCGCCAGGACCUACAUCGACCGAUCUAUUUUUCAAGGGCAAGAGUGAACAACUUUUGAAGACACUUGCGGGCUUAAAUCCUCAGAAUAGGAUUGGAGAACCAGGUGAGAUUGCAGAAGUUGUGGCAUUUUUGAGUAGUGAGGCAAGUUCGUGGGUAACGGGUCAGACACUUCAAGUGAAUGGUGGCAUGACAUAACUGUAGUACACACUAGCAAUCAGACUUGUUUUUCCAAUCGCUUAGCGAGUUUUGCAUUCAAUUAUUCGUAAUAAUAUGAAGACCUUAUGAUCACGAAAGAGACAUCCAAUUCCA